GUUUAUACAAUGGCUUGCUCAUAUGUAUUUUCUGAUGACAAAUCCUUCCUCUAAGAUUUGGAUUACAUGUUAGAAUAGUCAGAUUAGUGUCCUUCCUUGCUCAAAUGUUAAUCAUGCUCCAUCUAAUUAUACAAAUAAUAAUCAGAUGCUAAAUCUAAUGUAUCAUGUGCAGAUUUGGUUGAUUUGGAGAGAGGAGGUAAAACUACAUAAUUAUACAAGGUUGCAUUCUCCAAACCAAGUUGGGUCCAAUUUAAUAUGGUAUGCCUCCAGAAACAAUAAAAGACUGUUUAAAUCUAGGAAUGGAAGUUCCAACAUUUUAUAUAAUACCAUCAAAAAGGUAUGAAAUUUAGAAAUCAUUAGAUUCGAUAAAAGACUGGGAAUAAGCACUGCUGAAUUUGAAUUUCCAGCUUAUUUUAAUUUCUUCUGUAAAAAGAAGUAAAUAACAUUAAUUUGUACUGCUGAUACCGAAAAAGCAAUCAGAACUGUGUUUUAAGAAACUUUGUUGGGUCCAGUGGAUCAUCCUGAUUUGGCACUCGAUUUCUACCAUAAAUUUCCAAAGAGUGCCUACCCAGACUUUCACAAAGAAAGAAGUGUGUUUUCAAGAAAUCCAUCAAAUUUGGAUGAAAAAUUAACAAUUGACCAUCUAUUAAAAUUCUGUUUAUUCGAUGAAAACAAUACAGCAACGAUUACAGAAGGAGAGAUCAUAAUUAAAAUAAUAAAGGAUAGCAACUCCUUUAAAAUCUUAGAAAAUGGGAUAUAUCUGAAAGGUAUUUAAGAUACGUUUACAUUCCCCUAAUAAUAUUACGAAUAUAUAGUUACAAAACCAGAUGAUUAUAGAGCUGAGAGCAUGAAGAAUAUUAAAUCUAAAAGGGAUGCUGCAAAAGAAUCAUGUCCUACUCCUUUAUUGGUUAAACAAUUACCAGAGAUGACAGUUGAAUAAAAAAUGGAAAGUUGGGUUAUAGGAAAUAAAUACUAAAGGGGUGGCGAAAAGAAAUUAUCAGUAGUUUUAUGGGAUCAAAUGGGAGGACAUGUUGAAAGUGGAUCAGCUAUUUUGUAAUUAGAUAUCGAUGAAAAUAAAUCAUUUACACCUCCAGAUUUUGGAGUUACUAUUCUAGGAUGUGUAAUUAUAAUCUCUCAUAUUCCUUUAGUCACAUGGAUUUGAUCCAAAAGGAUCCACCUCAGGUUAUAUUUUUUGGGUUAAUGGAAGGGGAAUUAUGGUAGAUCCACCUCCAUUUGCUUCUUAUCAUAUGAAAUAAAUGGGAAUCCCUUCAAUAUUAAUAUGUGCAGUGAUUAUUAGUCAUUGUCAUGCUGAUCAUGAUGCUGGUACAUUCCAUAAAAUAUUGGAUGACACUAGAGUAGAAAUAAUUACAACCAGAACAAUUAUGAAUUCCUUCUUAAGAAAAUAUUCUGCGAUGUCAAAUAUUGACAUAGAUUCCUUAAGAAAAUUAUUUAUAUUUAGGUAUUUCUAAGAUUUAUCCUUAGACCUGCUAUAAUUGGAAUUCCUUUGAAUAUUUACGGAGCCUAUUUUAACUUCUUCUAUGCCAUGCACACUAUCCCAAGUCUCGGAUUCAGCGUCAAAUUAGAGAAUAAAUCAAUUUAUUUUUCAGCUGAUACAUUCUUUGAUCCAGAUUAAUUGUUGGUCUAUAAAAAUUAAGGAAUACUCUCACAAAAAAGAUAUGAACACUUGGCUUUCGUAGAAUUCAAGGAGGAUUUAAUCCUUCAUGAAGCAGGAGUACCUCCUAUUCAUACUGCAUAAUCUGUGCUUGGCAAAUUACCAAAUAAUAUUAAAAAUAGACUUUAUCUUGUUCACACUGCCUAAAAGGAUCUCAAAAAAGAGUUAGGGCUAAAGAUUGCCAAAACUGGUAUAGAAAAUACAAUGAUUUUAAUACCAAGUAAUACCAAUAAACAUUUGACAACCAUUAGAAGACUUGAUCUACUUUCAACUAUUGACAUUUUUGAGCAUCUGACUUUAAAGAAUGUAAGAUGGCUUUUAGAUUCAGUUACUUCUGAGGAGUUCUUUCCAGGAUAAGAUGUCAUUAAAGAGGGUAUGGCUGGAGAUAGAUUCUAUAUUAUUGAAUCAGGACUAGCAAGAGUUUAUUCAACAUAGAAAGGCUAAGAAUUCGAAAGAUACUAUUAGGUUGGUGACUAUUUUGGAGAAUCUGCUGUGUUAUCUAAUGAAGGAAGAAGAGGAGCUUCGUAAAUAUAAUUAAUAAUUUUAUUAGUGUAGAAGCUGUUACACAUCUUAAAGUUCUUAUUUUAGAAAAACAUGAUUUCUGGUUUAUUUUUGGAGAUGGCCUGGGUGGACAAGGUCCCAUCAUUCAAAAAAUGAAAUAAUUAACUGCUGCUAGACGAUCUAAAGCUGUUCAUUGUCUAUUUAAGAAUUCGAUUUUAUCUGAAUUAACUCCUUCAUAAAAAACACAAUUAGAAAUGAUAAUGAGAGAGUAAGAAAUUGAAAAAGGGACUGUGCUUUGGAAAGUUGGAGAGAAACCAGAAUUCGCUUUCAUUAUUAAAAGAGGAACCUUUGCUUUUUAUGAUUCUCCUGAGUAAGAUCUAGAAGAAUUAGAUUCAGGAGCCUACGUUGGAGAAUUAAGAGCUAUGAUUGAAAACACUGCUAUUUCAACAUCUAUUAGAGCAACUAGAAAAGCUACAAUCUUUAAGAUAUCCAGAAAGGAUUUAAUUAGUUUUGCCAAUAAACAUCCUGGAAUCUACAUGAUUUUAAUUGAUACCAAAUAUUUAGAAUGA